UGGGGGGGUGGGGGCCAAGAUGUUUACUCUUUCUAGUUUUAUGGACCAACAUUAACCGCUCCAGCCGCCAUGUCGUAGACCAGGCCGGCGCGUACAUGAAGCCUUCCUGGGAGCGCAGGGCCGAGGAAGUGGGGAGGCAGUGACCGAGUGAGGGGAGGAUGUACUGGGCUGCUGGCUUCGCCUCUUCCCGGCCGUGUGUGGUAGAUCUCGGGCGGAAUCACAGCCUCCCUCUCGGGCUGUGUGCGUCCGAGCAGCACCAGUCGUUGUAUGGAUAUAUUAUCGCCUUCCCUUUGCAGGACUACGGAGGCAUCAUGACGGCUUUGGCGUCAGACUCCUGGUGGAAGAAGACCCUCUACAUUACCGGAGGGGCCCUCCUUGCUGCUGCAGCCUACAUACUACACGAGCUGCUUGCCAUCAGGAAGGAGCAGGAGCUGGACUCUAAAGACGCCAUCAUCCUCCAUCAGUUCUCCAGGCCAAAGAAUGGAGUUCCCAGCCUCUCACCUUUCUGCCUCAAAAUAGAGACUUAUUUAAGAAUGGUGGACUUGCCCUACCAGAACUAUUUUGACGGGAAGCUAUCCCCUCAGGGCAAGAUGCCCUGGCUUGAGUAUAACUAUGAGCAGGUCUCAGGGUCAGAGUUCAUUGUAGACUUCCUGGAAGAGAAGCUGGGUGUCAACCUCAACCACAACCUCACGCCGGAGGAGAGAGCUGUGUCGCGAGCAGUCACCAAAAUGGUUGAAGAACAUCUGUACUGGACUAUCGCCUAUUGUCAGUGGGUGGACAACCUGGAGGAAACCCAGAAGCUCCUGGCCAUGAGCGGCCCCUUUAGCAACACACUGAAGUGGCUGCUGAGCCACCUGAAUGGUAGCAUGGUACGCAGGGAGAUGUAUGGACACGGCAUCGGGCGCUUCUCCAAGGAGGAAGUGUACGCCUUGAUGGAGAAGGACAUGAGGACACUGGCCACACUGCUGGGGGAUAAAAAAUACUUUAUGGGCUCCAAGAUAUCAACAUUAGAUGCAACAGUGUUUGGACAUCUCGCCCAGGCCAUGUGGACUCUGCCUGGUACUCGACCAGAGCAACUCAUUAAAGGAGAACUGAUCAACUUGGCCAUGUUUUGCGAGCGGAUGCGAAGGAAGUUCUGGCCCGAGUGGUUUGUGGAGGUGGAAGACCUUUAUUACGACGGGGACAGUGAGAGCAGCGGCGGCACUGUGUCUCCGACAGGCCUGCUGGACUUUGGGCUUUUCUCCAGGACUGACACUCUUGACGACAGCGACGGCAGCAGCCGUUCGGCUGGACACGCACAUACACACACCCCUAACUCUGACCACUCGCUGUUCGAUUCGGAUGUGGGCACAGGGUCGGACAAUGAGAUUCAGCUAAAGGAAGAAGCGAUGCCUGAUCUGGAGGUUUGACCUGAUGACGGGUGAUGGUGGACCAAGAGAACUCCCUCUACAAUACCCAAAAGGUGGACUGUGUGGGUAUGUUACGGUACGCACAGCAUCAGCUGAAUCUCAAAUUUGACAUGUUAUGGUCCGGCUUGUUCUCUCCCGAAAUGUCACAACUGUCAAGGUGGCAGUUUCUCUUUGCCUUAUUUGUCUGGUCCUGUCAUACACAACAUGGUGUGUGAAAGCACAGCAGGGAGAAAACAACUCAUGGAGGUGCACUGAUUCCCUGCUGGGAAAUGAACCUAAUCACCAUUCUGCCAUUUGUCUUAAAGCUGAAAGUCAUUGAAACAUUGUUUAUGUGGCUAAAACCAUCAGCCAUUUACAUUUAGAGAUCAUAUUUAUCAUCAGGCUCUUUUAUGGGAAGACUACAUAUCAAACGUAUGCGCAUGUCUCCACCAAACAUCAAUCAGGAGUGGACUUGGUUUCUUUAUAUGUUUUGUCUGUUGAAUGAGAGGUUGUGGUCAUCACGUAAUGUAGGAACUGGUAAGGUUGUAACUAAUCCAAAUCACCAGUAGAUGGAGUAAGCAUCCUGCCUGCAUGGAUGACCUUUGUUUGCAUCAGCAGCAAUGCCUGCAUAUGAGUUCAGCUGGAGUUCCGCCUUCGCGCUUGAAUCAAACAAUGGGGUGAAAGUGAAUUUAUUCUGAGUUUUAGUUCACCAGUGCCACUUUAUUUAUUUUUCUGAAAGAUUAAUUUUAUUUUUUUAUAAUUUACUGUACUGAUUAUAAUCUGUCCAGGAAAAAUUCCAUUAUUCUUAAAGAUCGUAUGUGUCAAAUCCAUAUAUAUUUUUUUAUUAGUCUUUUAUGUACUAUUGCUCUGAAAAGAGGCAUUAUUUUGCACUAGUGGAAAUUUAUUUUCACUUUAUUGUUUUGGACAUGAGAGGUGGGGAAGAAGAAAUGAUUUGGCUUGAAAAGGGCAAAACAAACAGGAGACAUAAAUGCAGGAUUUGCGCUGUGAGGGGUUGUGCCACUAAAACAUGAGGGUUAUUGAUGCGUGAAUGCCAUCAAGAGUUGAUGAAAAGGGCUUCAUUGGACGCAGACGUAAAAAACACAUUACAAAAAGUGUGUGUGGGGGGGGUGUAUUUAAAAAAAAAAUGUUUUUUUUUUUUGGUUUUGGCAUAAUUUUUUUGAAUUUUUGUAAAUAUAUUUAAACCCUGCAAACAUUGACUUGCAUUGCAACAUGGAUAUUUACAAGGUUUAUUACGAACUAGUGUCAUUAUAGCUCAUGAAAAUUAUGCAUAACGCUAUAAUAUCAUGAAAUAUCAAUAUUACACAUUUGUCAUUCCUCCCUGACUGGCUGGGGAAAUCAUACGGUUUUAUAUGACCUCAUAGUGAGGUAUACAAGGUCCAAUUACAGUAUAUAAUUAAUAUUCACGGAAGGCAAAAAAUAUUUGGCUAGUCUGAAGGUUCAAUAUGAGUUUGGAAUAGUAUUUUUUAGUACUAUUAUCUUAACAAUGAAUUGGUGUGAAGAUAAUCUCAGUUGGUGGGUUUCAAUGUUCUCCCAGUGCUAUGGUGUGGUUUUUCUCCAGGUGCUCCGCCGUCGUCCCACAUCCCACAGUUUUGCAUGUUUGUGAAUGUGAGUGGACAAGGAAUAUAGAAAACGGAUGGAUGCAGGUAUCCCAAGCAUUUUAGCAUCAUAACGCCUUGUGCUUUUUAUGACCCACUUCGUCAUUGUUGAACUCCCAUCACUUUCCGCUGCAGUGAACACAGUACAGUAUAGGACUUAAGGCAGCUUACUGCUCAACAUGGUGGUGUAUUUUUGAUGUAAAUGACACAUAGAGUGUGUCCCUCAGGAGUCAGCUGAAGUUCACAAUGAAACUACGUUUUAUGCAGUUUUAGAAUUGAUUUAAUGUUGACCUCAGCGCAGGUGCGUUGAUGGUCAUCUCUCAACCUGGACACGGAGAACCAAAGCUUUGUGCACGGCUACAAACUAUCUGCGGUAACCAUGAGGAGGUCUUGUUCGAGAGCUAAAAAUGAAAAAAGUGAAUGGAAGAAUGCUGAAGUAAACCACUUCCAUCAUGUUGUCCUGUAGUAUGUCCCCCAAACCAAGUACACGUCUCAAACCGUGUCAAAGCAUCUCUGCUGAGGUCAUGUAAAUAUUGUACGUGUGACAAAGUGUACCAUAUAAAAUGUAGAGCAGACUGGUUGAUCACACUAUCUGUGAAUGUGUAGGCAGAAACUGGGUUGACCCGUUUCAAUAAAGAAAAGCGAAGACAAUUUUAAAUGGACUACGUCAUUAUGUGUUUGGGAAUUGAUACUUUUUAGCCUGGCUGGUGUACCUCCUCAGUCAGCCAGUUACACACACUUACAAAAUCAAUAAAAUGGCAUUGUUGUUACUGUUGUCUUUCAUUUAUAAGAUAACGUGUUACCCAAUUUUGGGCCCCAACAUUAUCAAUACAUAUAAAAUAAAAAUCCUGUAAAUAAGUGAAUAAAUAAUAAUAGAAACCCAUUAUAAAUACAACAAUCAACAUCAAACAUUUUAAAUAACCGCACAGUUUGCACAUCUACAUAUAAGCUACAUUUACACUGUAAUAACUAAAUCAAAUAACUACAUACAAAAGCUAUAUAACCGGGGUGUCCAAACUUUUCCCAGUAGGGGCCGUGUAUUGAAAAGUCAAAGAAUGCGGGAGCCUUUGAUAUUUUACAAUUUGUAAACCAAGCCAUGUAGUUAUGCUAACAAGUUAUACAAAACAGCCUGCAUCUCAGCUUUGUUUUAUAG